AUUCAGUAUCUUGUGAAGUAAGCAACUAUCAGGCUCAAUUUAUAUUUCGUACAUGAACGGGCAAAUAACUAAACCUUGAAAUCAAAAUACAAAAAUCAGUAAAAAAUUUCCGAGUGGGCAUUUUUUUGAUAGUGGUUAUUAUAUAUAUUUAAAUAUAUAUAAGGAAGAAAAAGAAAAAGCAAGAAUGUCUAGUCUACAGGAUAUACCGCUAGAGGAGACAACGGACAACGCGCUGCCCUCGACUGGCCUUGACACGAGCACACCAAAAUCCAAUUCGUUGAAGCGUUUCUUUAAGGUAGGUAACAAGAAAACUCCUGGCGCUCAAGAAUCCUGUGAGGAUGUCACCGAGUCUGCCUUGCCAGAGGCGAAUAAAGAUGCAGCCACUGGAGGAGCAGGCAAGACAAACACAUUGAGUCGUUUCUUUACCCGCAUGAAGGGUGCUCAGCGUACAGAUGGCCUUGACCCAGCCGCGACUAUUAGCAAGACCACAGCCAACAUUGACAACGAAGCAGAGAUGGUAGCAGAGGCACCUACUCAGGAGGAUCUGGCAAAAGAAUCAACUGGAACCGCCGCUGGCUCAGAGAAACCUGUGCCGAAUGCCAAACCCACAUUGAAGGCUUCCAUUUCAACCUACUGGAAGUUGCUGUUCACUCGCCAGAAGGCAACCGCCUAUCAGCAAUCGAAUAAGGCAAAGUUUAAGUCAUCUCUUGCGGCACAGCAGUCGCUUCGUCAUGUGGAUGAAGUGCAAGAGCUUGAGAUGGUGCAGCAGCCAUUGGACCAGGAGUCCACUGAUGAAAAAAAUGCUUCCCUAGCAGGACAAUCGGCAGAUUUGAUCAAGCAGCAGGAUGUAUCUGAUGAUUCAGCUCCAGCACUGACCACUGUGGACAACUCAGUGGCCAAUUCCGGCAAUUAAGCCUAAUCAACCUGAAAUUCUUAUCACCCAAAUUCUUAUAACCACCCACACCAACAACACCACCCACUUCACGCAUUUGUUAACUCCCAAAAUGAAUUCGAGGUAGUCCCUACUUAACACACAAAUACAAUCGACAUAUGAAUGUUUCCGCUUUAAGUCCAAGUCCAAGACAAUUCAGAUAAAUAAACACAAAUAAGAAAUGUA